AUGGCUUCCACAGAAUCGCCCGAGAACAGCUCGAGGUCUCCGAGAGCGCUUCAUCCCACGCGCUCUUUCACUCGGAUGGAAUCAAGCGCCGCCGACGCCUCCCCGCGGAAUAGAGCAAAGACCAUGCAAGAACUGAGCACCGCAGGAGCUGGGAAUGGCGACGGUACGACCGCCUUGCAGCCAGCAGUUGAUGGUACAGACCACGGACAUGAUAUUUUUGAAAAGCGUGACUCCGUAGACUCGGUUGACGGCGCUGGACAUGGCGAGCAGUCGGUUGAAACCCUCCCGGGCGAGGAUGGCCAGCAUGAGCUUCCAAUAGAAUUAGCCAGCAUGACAGACAGGUUUGUCCAGUCGUUAAGUGCCCGGGUUCAUUCAGUACCUCCAUCGAUUGAGAAAAUCGCUACUCUGUUUCAAGAGUUCUACCUUCGAGCAGACUCCCACAUCGCCACCCACAUCUCAGCUCUUGCAUCGCGCAUCAACCGCGAUGGCUCUUCAGCCAAUGCUUCCCAGAAAGAUGGGGGUAAAACCCCCACGACACAAAUGCUUACUGCGUCCGAAAUCACGGAGAGGCGAAAAGCGCGAAAACAACUGCCGUACAAGCGCCUUGCCCUGGAGGAGACCGUGGAAAGGCGGGCUUGCGAGCGUAUCCAUGACAAGAUCUGGCGUCAUAAAAGUACUCUCGAUGAAGUACGGGAUGAGAAAUUACGUUCCAAGACAGCGGCGUUGUCUCUUCUUGGCAUCGGACUGAAAGAUCUGGGAAUCGAGCUUCCCGAGAUCGAUGAAGGGAAAGAGAUUGAGGCAAGUUCACGGCUUGCACCGGCUCGAGAAUGGUUGAGUAAAAUGAACGAAGCAAGGUAUCCUCUGGGAAAGCUUCAGUGCUUGAAAUCCGCACACAAAGCAAUUGUCGAUACACUUACGACCCUGCUCGGGUCAUCAUCCUCAGCCGAUGAGAUCUUGCCCACACUAAUCUACACGUUAAUCACCUCUCCACCAGAAGGAAUCAAUGUGAUCAGUAAUCUUCUUUUCAUCCAGCGUUUCAGAUCCGCGAGCAAGAUGGACGGGGAGUCCGCUUACUGUUUAACCAAUCUAGAGGCUGCAAUUGCGUUCCUAGAGGCCGUGGAUCUCACAAGUCUGAGCGGAGAUCUUCCUGCUGACGGUCAACCACGGCUUCUGAAUGCUGCAAUGACUUCAGGCACAGAAGUUGAAUCUAGUCUCUCCAAUGAGCCUUCAGACACAGCGACAGCAGAAUUCGCCAAGUCUAGCAAAGAGACGGCAUCUUCAACGCUAUCGAGAUCUCAACUUGGUGCCCCCACAGUCCAACAGCGACGUCUCAGUAACCUAUUCCAACCGCCUUCCAAGGUAUUGGGGGCUGCAAAUGAUGCAGUCCGUAAUACUGCUGACCAGGGCCUGAAGAAUCUCAGCAAUGCACUGGAUAAUAGCUUCAACUUUGUAGUUGGGCGGAUGAAGGAGAUGCAAUCUAACCGUGAUGCAAACGAACAACCACUCGUGCCCAAAACAUUGGACGAAGCUAGACGCCUUGUGACUAGCCCUCCUGUGAUAAACGACAGUGAAGUAGCAAGUGAGAUUUCCAUUGAAGAUUCCACCACGAGAGAAGGCAGACGGCCAUCAUCAACCUUGAAGCCAGAAGACCUACGCAAUAAGACUCCAAGAGACAGGAGCGCAGACAGUGUCCGCAGCAGCGAGAGCAAAAGACCUGGAACGACAGCUCGGCUGAAUACACGAGAUCAGAUUACUCCUAGCCCAAGUGGUGGUAGUUCGAUUUUCAACUCUGGCCCUACCACACCAUUGGAAUCAAUGAAGCACUUUGGCAAUACCUUUAAUCCACUCAAUCACAUUCCAGGCAUGAUUAGGGGGUUGGGUCGAAACACACCCGAGACGCCUAUCGGUGGUGGCAGUUCAUCUUCCCUGCCAGACCGUAUGAAGGCUCUGUCUACUGAUGCAAGUGCAUCAGAAUUCGAGCCUUCUUCGACAAGACUAGACCCACCUAUUAGAAGGUUCCUAGAAGUUCAAGAUGCUCAAGAUCUGCGUGUUGGUGAAGUUGCCGCGUUGCUCCAGGAUUACAAAAGACUUGCCGCAGCAUUAUUCCAAUCAAACCAAUAA